AUGUUUAUCGCAAACACCAAACGUUUUCUAACUCAUCAACAAGCAUCAUGGAUCAUUCUUCACCUCAAACUUCGACAAGCUUCCUCUUCUGCUGUGCCACCCGCCAAACUAACCUCCAGCUAUUUUCAUCAUUCCUCAUCACUUCCAUUCGUCUACAAAACCAUCAGUCAGAACUUUGACGAGACUGCUGCCAAAUAUCCAGAUCAUGAGUGCUAUGUCUUUUCUAGCGAACAAAAACGAUAUACUUUCAAGUCGUUCAAAGAAGAAGUCGACGGUCUAGCUGCAUCUCUUCUCGAACUCGGAUUCGAAAAGAAUGAUCGGUUUGCGGUGUGGCUACCGAACACCUCACAGAAUGUGGCAAUGACCUAUGCUGCAUCGAAGCUAGGUCUCAUCAAAGUGAACAUCAAUCCUGCUUAUGUUGGUCGCGAACUCGAGUAUUGCAUCAACAAGGUGGGAUGCAAAGGGUUGAUUUUACCACCCUCGGUGAAAGUGAUUCCAUCGUUAGAUCUGUUUCGAAAGGUGGUUCCUGAACUGGAUAGUCACUCAACAUCUCGUGAGCUGUCGUCGAAAGCGCUUCCAACUUUGAAACACGUGAUACUGAUAGAUAGUGGAUCGAAGAGCGGUGGAACUCAUUCGUAUGAUGACUUGGUGAAGCGCGGAAGUAAACUAUCACACAAGACGCUGGAAGAACGGCAAGCAACAGUGAAUCCUGAUUCGGCGGCAGCCAUAUUUUACACAUCGGGUACAACCGGUCAGCCGAAAGCUGCAACAUUAAGUAACUUUGGCAUGCUCAAUCUAGUGCAUGCUCAAUGGGAGCACCUUGGCCAAUUCUUCACACGUCUCUGUGUUCCUAUUCCGAUGUUUCACAUGUUUUCGGAAAUCGUCGGUGUACUAAAUGUAGCUGUAGCCAAAGCAAAAGUAAUUUUCCCGGCGAUUUUACCUGACACUGUUUCGACGAUGGAAAGUAUUCACAAAGAAAAAUGUACAGCUCUUAUCGGUGCACCGAUUAUCUUUCGCGAUAUUUUAACACAUCCUGACAAGAGCAAAUACGAUUUAAGCUCGUUGGAAUUCAGUGCAAUUGGUGCCAGUCCAAUGCACUCUAGUUUCUUAUCACAGUUAGAGAAAGAAAUACCAGUUAAACGGAUAGCCCAAGGUUAUGGAUUGACAGAAAAUUGUGCCAUAUUGACGAGUGGCAUGUGGGCCGGUGAUAGUGAUCCAAAACGACGUCAGGGAUCAUUGGGACGAUGUAUGCAACGGUUAGAAGUCAAAGUAGCCGAUGAAAAUGGCAAUGCUGUACCCAUCGGUGAACAGGGCGAAAUUUGGGCACGCGGCUACCCGAUCAUGAUGGGCUAUUACAAUGACCCCGAAAAAACAAAAGAAGCACUCACUCCUUCUGGAUGGCUUCGAACUGGUGACGAAGCUAAAAUGGAUGAAGACGGUUAUCUCUAUUAUGUUACACGACGUAAGGAAAUGAUCAUUCGUGGCGGUAUCAAUAUCUAUCCCGUAGAAAUUGAAAACACUCUUAUCGAACAUCCAAGUGUUGCCGAAGCACAAGUCUUUUCGAUUCCUGACGAGCGAUACGGUGAAGAAGUGUGUACAUGGAUCAAACUGAAACCAAAUGCACCGGCAUGCACAGUCAAUGAUAUUACUAAAUUUCUGACGGACAAACUUGCAUUCUUCAAGAUUCCGAAACACAUUCGAUUUGUAGAUAAAUUCAUAAUGACACCGACGGGCAAAGUACAAAAGUUCAAGCUAUCGGAAGCGAUGGUUGCUGAGUUAAAGGAAACGAAGUCAAAAAAAUAA